UCUCUGUGUGUGUGUGUGUGUGUGUUCAGCACUGUGAACUGAGGAUCCAUGGCACACACAUUCAGGAUGCAGUGAACAGGGAAUUUAACGGUGUUUGAGCGAGUGGAUUCACUUCAGACUGAACUUGGAACAUUAAAUACGCAACUUGAUUUUGCUUGCUGGGGAUUUUCGUCAUGGCUUUCCUGUGGCUCUUUCUGUUGAUCAGAGGACAUGUGUGAGCACUUUCACAAGCGGACUUUCACAUCGGUGAAGUAAGCACUUGCACAGGAGGCUCAGGAUGAGAAGAUGGCCGCCAUACUGUUUCCACCGGGUCCUGACAGUCUUCACCGGUUCACUCGCGAGUCCCUGGCUGGCAUCGAGGAGCGGAUCGCCGAGGAGGAGGCCCGCAAUGCCAAGGAGUACAAGGAGGACCUGGGAGACGUGGAGACGCCCAAGUCCCGGGCCGACCUGGAGGCCGGGAAACAGCUCCCGCGAAUCUUCGGAGACAUUCCUUCUGGACUGGUGGGCGUCCCUCUGGAGGACAUCGAUCCGUUUUACUUCCAGAGCAAGAGAACUUUUAUAGUACUGAACAAAGGGAAGGCCAUCUUCCGGUUUAGUGCCACAUCUGCACUCUAUAUUUUUAGCCCUUUUCAUCCCGUUAGAAGAGCAUCAAUAAGGAUUUUAGUACACUCUUUAUUCAGUCUUUUCAUCAUGUGCACUAUCCUGACCAACUGUUGCUUCAUGGCCAUGUCUGAACCAGCGCAGUGGGCCAAAUACGUCGAGUACACGUUCACUGGCAUUUACACGUUCGAGUCGUUGAUAAAGAUCCUGGCACGGGGCUUCUGCAUCGGGCCCUUCACCUUCCUGAGGGACCCGUGGAACUGGCUGGACUUCAGCGUCAUUGUUAUGGCAUAUGUUACUGAGUUUGUGGACCUGGGCAAUGUCUCAGCGUUACGGACAUUCAGGGUUCUGCGAGCACUGAAAACUAUCUCAGUCAUCCCAGGCCUGAAGACCAUCGUCGGCGCGCUCAUCCAGUCGGUGAAGAAGCUGGCCGACGUCAUGAUCCUCACGGUCUUCUGCCUCAGUGUGUUCGCUCUCAUCGGCCUGCAGCUCUUCAUGGGGAACCUGCGUCAGAAGUGUGUUCGCAGCACCACACACUGUCUCAACACCACCUUACCUUCAUACAACAACAGCACUUUCUUCUGCAAUAACAAAACCUGGCCCUCGCUGGAGGACUUUAACAAUAAUGAAGAUAAUUACUUCAAAGUGGAAGGAGCCAAAGACGCCUUAAUAUGUGGGAAUGCAAGUGAUGCUGGCAAAUGUCCAGAUGGUUUUGAAUGUAUGAAGACUGGACGAAACCCAAACUACGGCUACACCAGCUUUGACACCUUUGGAUGGGCUUUCCUCUCCCUUUUCAGACUCAUGACACAAGAUUACUGGGAAAACCUCUAUCAUCAUACUCUGCGCUCCGCGGGGAAAGCGUACAUGGUGUUUUUUGUGGUGGUGAUCUUCCUGGGCUCCUUCUACCUGGUGAACCUGAUCCUGGCUGUGGUGGCCAUGGCGUACGAGGAGCAGAACCAGGCCACGAUCGCAGAAGCCCUGCAGAAAGAGCAGGAGUUUCAGCUCGCCAUGGAACAGCUGAAGAAGGAACAGCAGGUUGCUCAGAAAGCACAAGAAACCGAGUCCAUCUUGACCGCUGACGUGUCGCCGUUCUCCUCGCAAGGCAAAGGGAAUCUCGACCGGAGGAAAAGCUCGAGGCCGAUGUCAGAAGGGAUGACGGGGGACGACAAAUCAGCCAAGCUGGACACUAUAGAGGGGAUGAAGCAAACACACUCUUUGCUGGUCCGCACUUUAUCCUUGAGGGCCAGACGGGAAAGCCAGGUCAGCAUCUUCAACUUCCGGCCGCCGAACAAAGACUCAGAGGUGGAUUUCGCCGACGACGAGUUUAGCAAUCACGGAGAUUCGGACAGUCGAGGCGGAUCACUGGCGCUUCCCUGGAGCCGGAGACGGACCAGCGCUCAAAGCACAUGCAGUCACAGCUCCCAGUUCUUCUUCCCAAGCCUCAACAUCAACGGCAAACUCUUCGUGGCCAUGGACCAGAACGGGGUCUCGGGCCAGGGGCCGCUGUCUCCUCUGCAACUGCCCACCUGCACUAUGGAGAAGGUCAAAGAGGAGAGCGGGCACAACUCCACCAAUGAGCUGAGCAGCAUGCUGUUGCCCCAGCUGCCCCAGGAGGGCCGGGACCGGGCCCUGAGCGCCACCAGCUACAUCACUGACGCCAUGGAAGAGCUGGAGGAGGCGCAGCAGAAGUGUCACCCGUGUUGGUACGCGUUCGCACACAAGUACCUGGUGUGGACGUGCUGCCCUCGCUGGAUGAAGCUGAAGGAGUGGGUGAAGAUCAUGGUCAUGGACCCCUUCCUGGAUCUGGCCAUCACUAUCUGCAUCGUCCUCAACACACUCUUCAUGGCUCUCGAACACUAUCCCAUGACGGAUGAGUUCAACCGGAUGCUGUCUGUGGGGAACCUGGUGUUCACGGGGAUCUUCACAGCUGAGAUGGUCCUGAAGAUCAUCGCUCUCGACCCGUACUUCUACUUUCAGCAGGGCUGGAACAUCUUCGACAGCCUCAUCGUGAGUCUGAGUCUCAUGGAGUUGGGUCUGUCCAACGUGGAGGGUCUCUCCGUCCUGCGCUCAUUCAGACUGCUGAGGGUCUUCAAGCUGGCGAAGUCGUGGCCGACUCUGAACACGCUGAUCAAGAUCAUCGGGAACUCUGUGGGCGCUCUGGGGAAUCUGACGCUGGUUCUGGCCAUCAUCGUCUUCAUCUUCGCCGUGGUCGGCAUGCAACUGUUCGGGAAGAACUACGAGUCGUGUGUGUGCAAGAUCUCCAAGGACUGUACGCUGCCCCGCUGGCACAUGAAGGACUUCUUUCACUCGUUCCUCAUCGUGUUUCGGGUCUUGUGUGGAGAGUGGAUCGAGACCAUGUGGGAUUGUAUGGAAGUGGCCGGUCAGCCGCUCUGCAUUCUGGUCUUCAUGCUGGUCAUGGUUAUCGGGAACCUCGUGGUCUUGAACCUCUUCUUGGCGUUGCUCCUCAGCUCCUUCAGCGCGGACAACCUCUCGUCUCCGGACGAAGACGGAGAAAUGAACAACCUGCAGAUUGCCAUCGCUCGCAUACAGCGGGGAAUGCUCUGGCUCCGGCAGGCGCUCUGCGACUUCUUCAACGGGAACUUCAAGCGGCGGCGGCAGAAGGCGAAGGAGGCCAAAGCCAUGCUGAAGCUCAAGAGACUCAGCCAGCAGGCGCACUGGGUGGAGGGGAACGGGACGGCCGCCGUCAUCGAGCGCGGCGGGGAGGAAGACAGUUACAUGACCAACCCCAACCUCACCAUCAGCGUUCCCAUCGCACCCGGAGAGUCAGACGUGGAGUUUCCAGAGGAGGAGGAGGAGGACGAGGAGGACGCGAGCGAGAGCUCGGAAGAGGAGGUGCCAGAAGAAACCAAGCCGAGCGAUGAGACCAGCCUAUCAGAGGGCAGCACCAUCGACCUCAGGAAGCCCGGCGAGGAAGAGGACGAAUACUCGGAGAUGGCCGAAGAAACCAUGGAUCCGGAAAACUGCUUUCCUGACGUGUGUGUCCGCCACUUUAAGUGCUGUGACGUCAACACGUCGGAGGGUCUGGGCCGGGCCUGGUGGCGUCUGAGGAAGACGUGUUACCAGAUCGUGGAGCACAGCUGGUUCGAGACCUUCAUCAUCUUCAUGAUCCUCCUCAGCAGUGGAGCGCUGGCAUUUGAAGACAUCUACAUUGAACAGAGGAAAGUGGUCAAAGUGGUGCUUGAGUACGCAGACAAGAUCUUCACCUACAUCUUCAUCUUAGAGAUGAGUCUGAAGUGGAUCGCCUACGGUUUCAAGAAAUACUUCACCAACUACUGGUGCUGGCUGGACUUCCUCAUCGUGGACGUGUCUCUAGUAAGCCUCGUAGCAAACACACUCGGAUACUCCGACUUUGCUGCCAUCAAAUCUCUGCGAACGCUCAGAGCGCUCAGGCCGCUGCGAGCGCUGUCCCGGUUUGAAGGCAUGAGGGUGGUGGUGAACGCUCUGAUCGGGGCGAUCCCGUCCAUCAUGAACGUCCUCCUGGUGUGUCUGAUCUUCUGGCUCAUCUUCAGCAUCAUGGGGGUCAACCUGUUCGCCGGGAAGUUCGGGCGCUGCGUCAACAGAACCGGCUUCAUCUACAACGCUUCCGACAUCAACAACAAGUCCGAGUGCCUGGAGAUGAACAACACACAGUUCUACUGGACCAAAGUCAAAGUCAACUUCGACAACGUGGGCGCAGGGUACCUCGCUCUCCUGCAAGUGGCCACCUUCAAGGGCUGGAUGGAGAUCAUGUACGCCGCAGUCGACUCGCGAUCCAAAGUGGAAGAGCAGCCCAUCAAAGAGAAGAGCCUGUACAUGUACCUGUACUUCGUCAUCUUCAUCAUCUUCGGCUCCUUCUUCACGCUCAAUCUCUUCAUCGGUGUCAUCAUUGACAAUUUCAACCAACAGAAGCGAAAGAUGAGUGGACAGGACAUCUUCAUGACAGAAGAACAGAAGAAAUAUUAUAAUGCCAUGAAGAAACUGGGAUCCAAGAAACCGCAGAAACCGAUCCCACGACCUCCUAACCCAGUGCAGGGAUUCUUCUUCGACCUGGUGUCCAAACAGGCCUUCGACAUCAUCAUCAUGUUGCUCAUCAUCCUCAACAUGGUGACGAUGAUGGUGGAGACGGACGAGCAGUCUCCCGGCGUCGAGUACAUCCUCUACUACAUCAACCUGGCCUUCAUCGUGGUCUUCACCGCCGAGUGCAUCCUGAAGAUCAUCGCUCUGCGCUGCUACUUCUUCACCGUCAGCUGGAACAUCUUUGACUUUGUGGUCGUCAUCCUCUCCAUUGUGGGGAUCGUUCUGGCGGACAUCAUCGAGAAGUACUUCGUCUCGCCGACGCUGUUCCGCGUGAUCCGCUUGGCUCGGAUCGGUCGGAUCCUCCGGCUCAUCCGCGGGGCGAAGGGAAUCCGCACGCUACUCUUCGCCUUGAUGAUGUCUCUCCCCGCGCUCUUCAACAUCGGCCUCCUCCUCUUCCUCGUCAUGUUCAUCUACGCCAUCUUCGGCAUGGCUAACUUCGCCUACGUCAAGAAGCAAGGCGGCAUCGACGACAUGUUCAACUUCGAGACGUUCGGGAACAGCAUGAUCUGCCUUUUCCAGAUCACGACCUCCGCCGGCUGGGAUAACCUCCUCAACCCCAUCCUCAACAACUCUCCCGAGGAGUGCGACCCGGACGUGCCUCACACCGGGACUAACGCUCGGGGAAACUGCGGGAACCCUUCCGUGGGGAUCACUUUCUUCGUGACCUACAUCAUAAUCUCGUUUCUGAUCGUGGUGAACAUGUACAUCGCGAUCAUCCUGGAGAACUUCAGCGUGGCGACGGAGGAGAGCACCGAGCCGCUGAGCGAGGACGACUUCGAGAUGUUUUACGAGGUCUGGGAGAAGUUCGACCCGGAAGCGACGCAGUUCAUCGAGUACUCGAAACUGUCGGACUUCGCGGACACGCUUUCCGAGCCGCUGCGAAUCGCCAAACCCAACAAAAUCAAGCUGAUCAACAUGGACUUGCCGAUGGUGAGCGGAGACAAGAUCCACUGCCUCGACAUCCUCUUCGCCUUCACCAAACGCGUUCUGGGCGAGUCGGGAGAAAUGGACGCUCUUAAGCAGCAAAUGGAGGAGAAGUUCAUGAUGGCGAACCCGUCGAAGAUCUCGUACGAGCCGAUCACGACGACUCUACGGCGGAAGCAAGAGGACGUAUCGGCUACCAUGAUCCAGCGCUCGUAUCGCCGGCACUUACUGCGACGGCAGAUGAAACAAGCCUCGUUACUUUACCGUCAGAUCAACAUGGCGGACGCCGACAAAGACGACGACAGUUUGCCGGAGAACGAAGGCCUUAUAGUCGCCAUGAUAAUGGAGAACUACGCCACCGAAGCCGAAGUCACGGAGACGCUGUCGGCGACGUCUUCUCCGCCGUCGUACGAUAGCGUGACGCGAGUGACUAGCGAGCUUUUUCACGCUCUAAUCCCGGAGGCCACGAACACGGACCUCAGCGAACCCUUUCCAAACACGGACCGAGGAGAUCGCGAGACGUUUCUGUGACGCCUUCUUUCCCUUUGUUUACCGAAUGUACCAUAGCUCACGCGGAAGGUUUUUGUAGACUGUUGAAAAUACGGAGGGGAAAGUUGCUCUUUGACCAUGCACACCUUCACAGUUUGAAUGCAUGAAUGAGAUCCGUAGUUGCGAUUAAUUAUCACAUAUAGCACAUUUUAAUCAGAGGUCUUACUUAAAACGGCGUGAUUCCCAAGAUUUGAGUCUCCAUUUAAACGUUAUCCGUCCGUCACACGUUCACACUUCACGCCAUCUUGGAAAGCAUGACGAUUACCUCUUUGUGUGUCGCUAGCGAUGAAAAGGCAGCGGUAAUAAUCGACGCGGCUGUUUGCACUCUCCGUGUUUUUGCGUUCGGCGACUAGACAAAGACAAUCAGACCCGCGCCGGAAAGGGUCCCUCGCUUAGCGAACGAUUGCACACGCUUCUUUUUCGAAACCACACGUUUGUUUCUAUUGUGAAGUAUUUAUUUUGCAUGAGAUAAACUGCAUGGUAUGGAGGGGUUAAAAGAACACUUUCUUUUUAAGGCUGAAAAUAAUUGUUUUGCACACGUUCAGCAAUAAUUUGCUACAUUUAGGUAGAACGAUAACGAUAUUUAUUGGAAUUAAAAAGGUGUCAAAGUUUCUACUGUAAGGGCCUCCAGCUGUAACUGGCUUAUAUUACUAGUGACGAUUAUAGCACAUGUGUUUUUCUAUCUCGAGCUGACGAUAGGAGAUCAGUCCGCUUGGACGCGGGUUGGCAGGUUUGGUGAAGGGCUGUUUUAUGUAGCAAUAGAUCCCAAGUGUGCCUGCUAGAACUAAAUCCUGUGUUUAUCAUUCAUCUUUGCUUUUUGUGAAUCAUCACACCGUUCCUCUGGCGCGACUUUACGGAAAUCAAGCACUCGUUUGAUGAGAGAUUCUCUCAAAGACACCUGCGCUAAAUGUUCACUAACUUGGAAUUUAUCAUGCAAAUCAAUUCAUCUCAAUCAAUUGUGAUGCAAGCAAACCUUUCCAGAUAUCACUACUGUUCAAAAGUUGUUUUAUAUUAAUAUUCUGCAAGGAUGCGUUCGAUUCCUCAAACGUGACGAAGGAUUGAAGAUUAAUGUUUCGACAACACGUAUAAUAAUCAUAAAUGAGUGAUUUCUGUCGGAUCAUGUGAGUAAUGAUGCUUUGAUCACAGGAAUAAAUUACACUUUACUGUAUAUUCACAUAGAAAACAGCUUAUUUAAAUUAUAAUUGAUAUAUUUUUGAUCAAAUGGUGACUUUUGAACAGUAGUGAAUAUGAUGCCUCAAACUGAUUGAUUACGUUCACGCGUUGAAAGCGAAGCUCGUGUUUCAGUGUAAAGCGCUGUUGUGUGUCGUCUGACCCGAUGAACUGUAAAUAAAUAUCAGAUGUCACUGUGUACAUUUGCACAGAUGAAAUGGCUUUCAUUUAAAGCGCACACUACAUUUACAGCCCUAAAAACACACACAAAGGCUCAGUGGCUUGAAUAAACUCAAUUGUAAAUGCCUUUUUUAUGCAUUUCUCAGUUUGGGUUUGUUUGCAUUACAUUUGAACACUUGAACAUGUUGAUAUAGAACGUAUUCAGGCUGGAUGCAACGCGGUGUAAUACAUUGAGGCUCAUUUGAACAUAGUUUCGAUGUUACAUGCAGUUUAGAAUUAAUGUAUUUUCUUUCUGAUAGAUUUUGCAUCGGGAGUCAUUUACUCAGAAACUGAAACUAUCUUCAUUUUAUAUGCAUCAAAUUAAAUAUGGCGUCUAGACUGACUGAAAUACCUUAAAAAGCAGCUAAUUUGCAUUUAACAUGCAGACAUUUCUGUCCAUAAAAUCAUUGAUGUUACAGCAACACAGAUCCGGCCCACGUCUGGUGUGUGUGUGUGUGUGUGUGUGCGUCACAUGCUCAACAUCUGAUCAGAAUAUGUGCAUGUUCAAGGUUUUAUAGUGAAUGAUUCAUCAGUGUUUCAUCCAAAUGUAAAAAAGCGACUCAAGAAUAAUCAAUCGAUCGCAUGUUCUGGUUCACUCAGAAAUGUCACGUUGCAGAAUUAAAACGGCCAGAUUCAUGUUCAUGACUUUAAGCAAAACAAACGGAAACACAAAUAAUAUGCAUAUUAAACUAAUGACGAACGAGCAAACGAGCAACAUCUGGAGUGUGUGAUGAACUGCCUUUGGUCAAACUCUAUUUGCACAGGAGAGGAGCCAUACAUGUGUGUGUGUGUGUGUGUGUGAGACGCUGGGGUUGAGAUGUGCGCUGCUGUUUCUCGUGGUUCACUCGUUUGACGUGAUGCUUUCGGACGGCUCGUGUGUCGAGGAAGCGCAGCAGAUUCGCUCUGACGUUCAGACCUCCUUCUGUUGAACACAUUAUCUCUCCUCGUCAAACAAAGCCAAAGAGUCUUUCCUCAUUACUGGAACGAGAGCAAUGCGCACCGGCUCUGAUACCAACCCGAGUAAACACACGAUCAUCACACUGAUAAUCAGCACCAUUUCAGUGAGACUUUUGUUGUUGAAUGAAUAGAGCAUAUAUAUAUAUAUAUAUAUAUAUAUUGCAUUUUACAGUGUAAAAAAAAACUUGAACUUUUUAAAAGCUGAGACUUCGCCAAUUAAAAACAUCGGACAGACAGUAAAUUAAGUUUAGUUUACUAAAAGGUUUUUUUUUUCUUACAAGGCAGAACCUUAAAUGUAAUAUUUAUGUAUUUAUUGUUUUCACACUGAACAGAUUCAUGCUGAUUUUAAACAAUUUAAAUAAAUGCAGUUUGAAAAUAUGAUUUAAGGAAAAACAAAUAGUUACUAAACUAUGCCAUGACUUAUUUCAGUUAUACACAGGAGCCGUUUCAUUUAUAUGUUUGAU